CUCUUGCACUUUUUCUUCUUCCUUCCCACUUCUUCAACCUCCUUCCACUACAGCUCUGUGCUAUUGCGCUCGGCGGCGAAAACGUGAACGCGGUUUCGUCAGUGCGUAAUCUUGCAUUCCGAGUUACGGAGUUGAAUCGCUCGUUGAGUCCAGUCACCGAGUUCGAUCUUUAAGCAUGUUGGACGGCCUGCUCGGUCGAGGAUUCUCCCCGAAAUGCAAAUCCUUGAUCAAAUUGACGAAGAAUCGGAUCGAUGUGAUAAGGCGGAAGAGGAAGGCGACGGAGAAGUUUCUGACGAAGGACAUCGCUGAUCUGCUGGCGAAUGGUUUGGAUGUCAAUGCUUAUGGAAGGGCCGAAGGACUCUUUGUUGAGUUGACUUUAUCGUCUUGUUAUGAUUUUAUUGAACAAUCUUGUGAAUCUGUUUUGAAGCAUCUCUCAGUGCUGCAAAAAGUGAGUGGAUGCCCGGAGGAGCUCAGGGAGGCCAUAUCAUCUCUGAUGUUUGCCGCAGCAAGAUUUUCUGAUCUACCAGAGUUACGGGAACUUAGACAAAUAUUUCAGGAUAGAUAUGAAAGUUCCUUAGAAUGUUACGUCAAUCAAGAGUUUGCUACAAAUUUGAAUUCGAAGUCUGCUACGUUGGAGAAAAAGGUUCAAUUGAUGCAGGAUAUUGCUUCAGAGUUCUCAAUAAAAUGGGAUUCCAAAGCUUUUGAACAGAGGAUGUCAAAAUCCUCUGUUUCUGUACAGGACCGCGGUAAUUUUAAGUCUAACCACAAUAGUGAUCGCAGCAUACCGUUACAAGGUAACGAUGCUACCCUGAAAGGAGUCAAGUUUGAAAGAAGUCAUGACCAUCCUCAUGACAGGCACAAAUUUCAGAAUGGAAAGGAAGCUCUCUCAAAAGGAGAUGAAGAUUAUCUUCGUUCUAAAUCCAAACUCCCGAAUUCUGAAAAUGGAUUCAAGCCACUAAGCAGUUAUGAUGAAGUCAAUUUGAAAAGGGAUAACCAUGGCAGUCCAUUACCUGGAAGAGAAGAGCUUACUUCUAAGACCCGGGAUACAGGAGGGUAUUGGAAGGAGUGUAGUAUGCUAAAACCAAUUGGAUGUUCUUCCAAGGAUACAAAAGAGAAACAAGUUGAAGGUGGUUCCAAUCUGCAUGAUGGUUGGGGGAAUGCUAGGCAAGUAAAAGAAAGGCAGGACACUAAGACUGCUAGGAAAUCUCCUGUUCAUGCACGAUUUAUUUCAAAGAAUGGUGGCAUACUUGAUGUUGAUAACUCGGAGAGAAAAUGCCAAAAGGAUGAAACUCCUCAGGUAAAGCCCCCCUUCAAUAAUGCCAUCCCACCUGCUUAUCCAAGAGAGGAACAAUUUGAAGGUGGUUCCAAUCAGCAUGGUUGGGGGAGUGCUAGACGUGUAAAAGAAAAUCAGGACGCUGUCACUGCUAGGAAAUCUCCUGGUCAUGCAGGAUCUCGUUCAAAGAACAAUACAAAUGAGCCAUUUGCUGUUAAUGAUGGUGGCCCACCUGUUGUUGAUAACUCUGAGAGAAAAACUCAAAAUGAUGAAACUCCUAGGGUAAAGCCCUUUGCCAUCCCACCUCCAUAUGUAAAACCUAAUUCAAAAGUGAAGAACCGAACGCAUGGAACCAAUUCAGUUCCAUCUAAUAUUGACAGUAAUGGCAUCCCUGCUUACCCUUUGGUACAUGAAAAGUUUGAUGCUUCUCCUACAAUGCACAGGAUCCAAUCAGGCUUGGAUGAUUCUGAACGGGAUUUGCAGGCGAUUAGACAUGCAGCGAGACCGAGUAAACAUGGUCAUGAAAAAGAACGCAUUGUUCAGGAAGAUGCUACAGAAGUAGUUCUAAAACAAAAAUCUUCGAGACGGAAGCACUCAAAAUCAAGAUCAUCCAUUUACGAUGACGCCAGUAGUGAAGAUGCUGAAGUUGUGAGAAAACAUAGGAGCAGGAGAAGAGAUGAAGAAAAACGUGGCCUGCAAAUUCUGUUUGAUGAUGAGCGGCACAAAAAUGAUGAAGAGGAAAGGAUAAUAGAUAGAUUACUGAUUCAUUACAGCAAAAAGCCAUCCAUCAAUGUGCCUGAAAAAGCUAGAAGAAAGUCUCGAAGUCGCCAUGCCCAUCAAAUAGAUAAGGAUGGAAGCAGGGAGGGACCUGAUGAGACACCAGAGAUGGUUACUCGUCCACCAAGAUCAGUUUCACUUCCCCGUGAUCAAACAGAAGCGGUGGAAGUUAAAAAGGUAUUUGCUCGUGCUGCUUCGUUUCAGCCUGAGAGAUCGAACGAAGCUCGGCAUGUACAUCCCAACUUACCUGACUGUGAUGAUUUAGCUGCUAGGAUUGCAGCCUUGAGAGGAACAUAAAUGAUAGAAUCGUGAUGAGUAAGUACUCCCCUACCAUGAUUGCAGUGAUUAUGAACAUCGUGCAUCAAUCUCACGUACCAUUGGUAAUGUUGAAGACUGCUCCUACUGUGGUGCUUUAAUUUUCAAGUGUUGACCGCGCCAGAGCCAUAUUAUUGAUCAGCCGUGGCUGUUCCUUUGUUGCUGACAAUUUCUGUGUUGUCAUAAUUUUUUCUAAUGAUGGCUAUGCACAAAGUUCGUUCAACUUUAUUAACUUAUUGUGUUUGUAACAGCAGAAAAUGGUAUUCCUAUUUUCUUGAGUGAAGUAAAAGUUGAGAUAUGUGGUUUUGUGUCAAA